AUGUUUGCUUACAGAUGGGAUUGUUUUCUGGGCCUGAAAGACGAGACGGAUAAGGAGAAGCCCAGGGCGCUGAUCCGGGGGGCUGACGUUGUUGUUGACAGGUAUCGGCCGGGCGUGAUGGAGGGGCUUGACUUCGGGCGCCAGGCUAUCUUCGAUUUUGCAAAGGGCCGCUCCCGUGGUAUUAUUGUCGUUCGGGAGAAUUGCUACGGCUGGCAUGGCUCCUGUGCUCAUCGGAGUGGUUGGCAGCAGAUUAGUGACGCGUGCUGUGGUAUUUCGAUGUCGUAUGGUAGAGCCACGGGAAACGAUGAAGCAGUGACGCCGGUCUUCCUGAAUUCAGACUACUGUGCCGGUAUCUGUGGGAGAGUACCACUGUUUUAG